AAAUAACGAACUAUAAAACGUAUACUAUCAGCAGCUUGGUAAAGUCACUGCGUAAAUGAACCUGAGUUUUAAUACACGGGGUAUUAGAGCGGAACAGCUAGUUAGCAAACUAUUUCCAACAUGUCGGACGUUUUAUCAUUCAAUAACCCUGUUUUCUCGCAGUUUGCCUUCUACUCAGGAGUGGUGCUAUGCAAAACAUUAAUUAUGGGACCUGCUACGUCAUUCUUUAGAAUGAAAAACGAGACAUUUUCCAAUGAAGAAGAUUGUAAACUUAGUAAAGAUAAAAGUUUGAAACCCAAAUUUAAUGAUGCCACUGUUGAACGAAUUCGAAGAUGUCACCAAAACGAUUUAGAAAACAACAUCCCAUUUCUUUUAAUUGGUUUACUGUACGUGGCUAGUGAACCUUAUGAAAAUGUCGCCCUUUAUCUGUUUAGGACAUUUGCAGCGGCUCGACUUCUUCAUACAGUAGCCUAUCUUACACCAUUACCACAACCUACUAGGGCACUCUGUUUCAUGGUCGGGGUUGGUGUCAAUGGAUUGAUGCUGUUUAGAGCUUUUACUCAAGCUCAAUAUUAAACUAACAAUUGUCUUGUCCGUUGGUAAUGAAAGUUACCUUGUUGUAAAAUGUAAAAUCUGUAUAUUAAAGUAUAAUGGAAAAUAUU